AUGGCUCACAUGAUGGGUGAAAGAGGAGGCCGCUCCAGACCCAGGAGAGCUGCUUUCUCUCAGACGGCUGGUCAGGAGGUUUGGAGACCCGGUUCUGAUGGCCGUGAUCAGGAUCCGCUGCCAGACCCGACACAGAGCCAGGAUCUUCCUGGAUAUUUAACAUCUCUGUCUUCUGAGUUUUCUGUUUCUGUGUCCACAGGUCAGACUCACGGGACGAGGGCGAAGCAGAACCCAGAUGAUGGACGUCCGUCCACUUCAUCCAAACACUCUCGCAGAGGCGGCUCCAGAUCCUGGAGAACUGCUUCCACAGACUCUUCUCCGGGCUUCACGUCGUCCUCAGCUUUGUCCCUCUCUGAGGUCCGUGUGGAGAGGAGGUGUAGAGAGUCGUUGAGUCUGAGCAGCCGAGGCUCCUACAGCGUCGAGUGGAGAUGGAGUGGCGAUGGAUCGGAGAGCCCAAACCAACAGGGCUUGUCCAGGUCCGACAGCCUCGAAGCGUUUCUGUGUCCUCCGCUGCCGGGUCAAGUUCCUGUCGAGCCAGCAGAGACUUCCACUGGCCGAACUGCUCAGGGUGCCGUGGAGGCUUCUCCAGCGAACAAGAGCUCAACAGAGAAAGCUCCAGACCGCAGGAAGAGGAGAAGAGCUGCUGGUUCCAGGCUCUGGAAGGCUCUGAAGAGUGUUUUCUGCUGCUGUUCCUCCAGUGCUGUGAAUGUUGUGGAGCCUUUUGUUCCUCCAGCAGAUCCUGAUCCUGAACCAUCAUCACCUGCUCCAGAUCACUCCGGCGUCGAGCCAAAUAAUGAGUCCUUUGAGUCUCUCUAUAACGUGGAUAGGAUGAUUGGAUCCGGAGGAUUUGGCAGGGUGUUCCUGGGAACACGCAAAUUUGAUGGCAAAAAGGUUGCCAUCAAGCGGAUGUGCAAGAUUGACAACGAUCGUUAUCUUAAUAUUCCCGGGAAUCCCGAACCUCUCGUUACAGAAGUGGCGCUGCUGAUGAUGAUGAGGCGAGAACCCAUAAGCCCCUUCGUCAUACGACUAUACGAGUGGUUUGAACAUCCUAGAGAAUUCACUCUGGUUCUGGAGUAUCCUGAACCCUGCGAGAGCUUGCUGGACUUCAUCACUCGUAAUCAUCAAGUGUGUGAACCGACAGCACGGGUCAUCAUGAGACAGGCUGUGCUGGCAGUGCAACACUGCAUCCAUCGGGGUGUUUUCCACAAUGACAUUCAUGCGCAGAACUUCCUGUUGAAGAAAACCCCGGUACAGCUCAAGCUGAUAGACUUCGGCUGCGGUCAGCUGUUUAGUAGCGACGGCUACGAGAGCAAAAUAUACAUCGGAGUAGCGAAUUACCGCCCGCCUGAAGUCUUGACAGAACCUCGAUUCCACGCCGUCCCGGCAAAUGUCUGGGCUCUAGGAGUGUUGCUGUACCAGAUGGUGAACGCAUGUUCUCCUUUCCACAGUAGAAGAGAAAUCACACUCGCCAAAGUUACAUUUCAGAACUCCAGCUUAUCCAGAAGAAAUAACAUCCUUGCUGAGAGCUCUGACUCGAGACUCGACCCGAAGCCUGAAGUCCAACACCAACCUGACAGAAACUCAGAGCCGGUCCACGUCUGAGCGAGAACAUGAGAGACUGCAAGACCGGAAGAAGUCAUCAAGUCAUCACACACACAUUUGCUUCGUUUCAAAAGUCAAGACAAGUCAUCUUUAUUU